AUGUCAUCCAUGUCACCGCUGGCACAGCUCUGCACCUUCCUUGGGGCCUCUCCUCCCACUCCAGCCGCCAGGAUCGUUUACAGACGCAGCAGCAGUGUUGCAAGCCCGACUCCACGGGGCCUCGGUGCCCAUCCCUGCCCCACUCCAUGUCUGCAGAAGCGGCCCAGCCUCGCCUCUCCAGGCUCCGGCCCGCGGGUCCAGCAGCGCCACCGGCCCGACUGCGCGCUCGGUGGGACUCGGGUUAGCGUCCCGGCCAGCCCUCCGACCUCGCGGGAGGGACGGACAGGGGCAGAGACUUGGUCCGACUCGGGGCGCGCCAAAUUCCCGCUCUCUGUAAGUCCGGCUGAACUCGCGGACUCGGCCGGGUGUGACCCACACAGUGCUCACCGAGCAGCACCCCGUUCCCGGCGAGGACCCCUUUCACCGGGGUGUUUCCCUGCUCCUGCAGACACGGCGUGGGACAGGCCGGGAUCAUCCCGCCUUCGAUGGCAGCAGUCCAUGAGCGAGCCCCCUUUAGGGAUCUGCUGCCAAGUACUGCAGGGAAUGGGAUAUGUCUCCCGGGCACCGGCACGGCCUGUGGAGAGCGCGCCGUGGGAUGCCCCUGAACCCACGGCUAUCCUCGAGCCGCUCACCGAGAGCACGACCGGACCGCCCUCGCUGCUUUCCCGUCCUGCUGGGGAAUCCCAGACCCCUCGCGAGUCGCCUCCUGCAUACCCCCGGGUCCCAGAUCCCGCGGCUCCCGUGUCCAUCACCCCAUCCUCGAUGCAGCGCCGGGUGUACACUGCCCUGCCACCACUCACGGCUACAGCGCCCGCCGAACGUUUUAGGCUUCGCUAGACAUCGAGGAUCAGCGAGAGGACGGAAUGCACGCAAUUAAGUGAGUACUUCUCCCCACAAGUUUUGUUAUUACUUAAUUCUGUCAUUUACAGCCAAACCAGGGGAGAGCGCGAACGCAGUCCCCCACUACCACAAAUUAU